CAUGUUCUUUGUGUAUUCACUUUGUCUUUUAACUAAUUUCCACACAGUAAAAUUCCUUGAGGUAAUCAAGCCCUUCUGUGUUAUCUUGCCUGAAAUCCAAAAGCCAGAACGGAAGAUUCAGUUUAAGGAAAAGGUGCUAUGGACAGCUAUCACACUCUUCAUCUUCCUCGUAUGCUGCCAGAUUCCCUUGUUUGGUAUCAUGUCAUCAGACUCAGCAGAUCCUUUCUACUGGAUGAGAGUCAUUUUGGCAUCAAAUAGAGGUACAUUGAUGGAACUGGGCAUUUCACCUAUUGUCACUUCUGGGCUCAUCAUGCAGCUCUUGGCAGGUGCUAAGAUAAUUGAAGUUGGCGACACCCCAAAAGACAGAGCUCUCUUCAACGGAGCACAGAAAUUGUUUGGAAUGAUCAUUACCAUCGGACAGUCUAUUGUCUAUGUAAUGACUGGAAUGUAUGGAGACCCCUCUGAGAUGGGUGCUGGUAUCUGCUUGCUUAUCACAAUUCAGCUUUUUGUUGCUGGAUUGAUAGUUCUGCUCUUGGAUGAGCUCUUACAGAAAGGGUAUGGUCUCGGCUCUGGCAUCUCUCUCUUCAUUGCCACCAAUAUCUGUGAGACCAUUGUGUGGAAAGCAUUCAGCCCCACCACGGUGAACACAGGACGAGGCAUGGAAUUUGAGGGAGCCAUCAUUGCUCUGUUCCAUCUCCUGGCUACUCGUACAGACAAAGUCAGAGCCCUGCGUGAGGCCUUUUACCGUCAGAACCUUCCCAACCUUAUGAACCUGAUUGCCACUAUCUUUGUCUUUGCUAUUGUAAUUUAUUUCCAGGGCUUCAGAGUGGAUCUUCCUAUCAAGUCUGCUCGCUACCGUGGCCAGUACAACACAUACCCUAUCAAGCUGUUCUACACUUCCAACAUUCCCAUUAUCCUUCAGUCUGCCCUGGUGUCGAACUUGUACGUCAUCUCCCAGAUGCUUUCUGCCCGCUUCAGUGGCAACUUACUGGUCAGCCUGCUGGGCACCUGGUCUGACACGUCAUCUGGAGGCCCUGCUCGUGCUUAUCCAGUUGGGGGACUUUGUUACUAUCUGUCACCUCCAGAGUCCUUUUCUUCAGUGUUGGAAGAUCCUGUACAUGCAGUUGUUUAUAUUGUAUUUAUGUUGGGCUCCUGUGCUUUCUUCUCUAAGACAUGGAUUGAAGUCUCUGGCUCCUCUGCCAAAGAUGUUGCCAAACAACUGAAAGAACAGCAAAUGGUGAUGCGAGGCCACAGAGAAACUUCAAUGGUACAUGAACUGAACAGGUACAUCCCUACAGCUGCUGCAUUUGGUGGUCUCUGUAUUGGUGCUCUCUCUGUGUUGGCAGACUUUCUUGGGGCAAUUGGGUCUGGAACUGGAAUUUUGCUCGCUGUCACUAUCAUUUAUCAGUACUUUGAAAUUUUUGUAAAGGAACAGAGUGAAGUUGGCAGUAUGGGAGCUCUUCUUUUCUAAACCUAGCUUCUCAUGGACCCAGGAAAGAGGGGAGGAACAUUCUCAAAAAAUAGCUGGUCAGGUGAAAAGAAGUAACAUAAACUUGAUAACAUCAUUCUGUAAGAACACAUAUUUUUAAUAGUGUUUCCAAAGUGCAUUCCCUUAAGUUCAGACUUUUCUAGCACACCGUUUGCAUUUUAUAAAUUGACAAGGAAAAAUGUGCAAAAAAAAUUUUUUUACAAAAAUUGUUUUUUAAUUAUGAGUUAGGGGAAUCAGCUUUAUGAGUUCAGUUCAGUGACUUGAAAUUUUUUUUUAGCCCCU